ACCUUUGGAUUUAUGAAACUAGAUAAAUAUAUUUAGGCGUUUCGAUCGAAGAGAAAAAAGAAUGGGAGCAAAUAUUCAUCAAGUUCUACUUAUUGUUGGCACCAUCAUAUGUUUUGCCUCUGUUUCGAAUGCUGCUCAAGGGACUGCCACCUUCUACGAAACUCCUUAUGUUCCCUCUGCAUGUAAUGGAUUUGAGGAUGAUGGUAAUUUGAUAGCAGCAGCAAGUGAUAGUAUAUGGCAAAAUAGGUCAGCAUGUGGGAGAUAUUACCUUGUACAAUGUAUUGGUGCGACUAACCAAGCACCACAACCUUGCAAGCACACCGCCGUCGAGGUUAAAAUCGUUGAUUAUUGCCCACCAGGAUGCCGCGGAACCAUUAAUCUUUCGAAAGAUGCUUUCUCUAUCAUUGCUGAUCCCCGUGCUGGAAGAAUUAAGGUUAACUAUACAGAGAGCUCAAACAUGGAAAAACCGGAGAAGCAUAUAUUAAGAAGGUAUGGUAAUGGCAAGUUAUGAUGAUAUUGAAGUCAGCUUUACGUAUGGAAAAACUUGUAUGUCUUAUAAAGAACCCUCCAAGUUGUUGAGACAAUAUAUAUAUAUAUGUAUGUCCUUAUUAUUCGGCACCAAUUCAAGGAUUUUUGUUAAUUCAAAAAUUGAAGUUGUAAUUGUAUUGCGUAUCAAUUUGAGUUUCUUUAUCCUAAAUUAUCCUUA